UGUGGUUGUGACAUCAGGCAGCAGCAGCACCACAGAGCGCAAGAAGCAGUCAUUCUAGCAUCGCUUGUGCAUGGGUUUUCUCAGGCUCCGCGCGCUUUUAUAAUCUACUCUAGAAAUGAGGGCCUGAGCGGCGGCGAUGUCCAGCUCGGUUUCUUCCUAUGACCAGCUGGUCCGCCAGGUGGAGGCUCUCCGAAAGGAGAACACCCAUCUGCGCCGGGAGCUGGAGGACAACUCCAACCACCUGUCCAAGCUGGAGAACGAGACCUCUGACAUGAAGGAGGUGCUGAAGCAGCUGCAAAGCAAACUGGAGCAAGAGGCAUGCUCUCUGGCCUCCUCAGGGAGAAGUGACGUGCUGGAUCAGCUCAAAGAGUUGCACAUGGAUUUGACCAACUAUUACGAGCUGAAGUACCAGCCGCACAACCUGCGGGUGCCGCCAGAGAGCCUGGCCAUCCAGGCCAGUGAGGGGGAAGAUAGGCUGCCUCUUCCCUCCUCUAACAUGGGCAGAACCAGGAGUCCCCUACUCAUGCCGCCCCAUCAGGUCCUCCCUGUCUCUGGAGAGGGCACAGCUGUACACCCAGGACCUCCACACCUCCUGGAGGGGGCUCUGGCUACCGCAGGCAUCAGUGGAGAGAGACGGGUCACAAACCAGCAUCUGGACGACCUCUGCAAGGAGAGGACCAUGCUGCUGAAAGAGACUGAAAAAGAAGAACAAGAGCGUUGCUGGUACUACUCUCAACUUCAAGGGCUGUCACAGAGACUGGCUGAACUUCCACGCAUUGACACUUUCUCCAUACAGAUGGAUCUGAUUAGACAGCAGCUGGAGUUUGAGGCCCAGCAGCUGCGCUCUGUUAUGGAGGAGCGGUUUGGAACCAGCGACGAAAUGGUGCAGAGGACACAGAUCCGAGUGGCCCGCCUGGAACAGCUGGAGAAGGAGCUGCAGGAGGCGCAGGAGGCAAGAGGUGCUCUGGAGAAGAGCCCUGCAACAGACAUCCAGACUAAUGGCUGUGAAAACCCUGCUGUUCCGGAACCUGAAAAUACGUCAAACGCUUCUGCUUCAGAGGUGGGCGGAGAUACAGGAAGCAAGGUUGAGAUGGUGUUCUGGCUGCUGUCCAUGCUAGCCACGAGGGACCGAGAGGAGAUGUCCCGCACGCUGCUGGCCAUGUCCAGCUCGCAGGACAGCUGCAUCGCCAUGCGCAAAUCAGGCUGCGUCCCCCUGCUGGUGCAGAUCCUGCACGACGGCGGGGGUGCGGCGGGGGGGGCCCCUGGGAGCGCCGGGUGCAGUCGCGAGGCUCGGUCCCGCGCCGGCGCCGCCCUGCACAACAUGGUGUGCGCGCAGCCGGACAAGGGGCAGGCGCGGCGGGAGAUGAGGGUGCUCCACGUGAUGGAGCAGAUCCGCUCCCACUGCGAGACCGGCUGGGACUGGAUCGAGACCCACAUGGCGACUCCCAAAACCACGGGCUUCCCAGAGCCAGUGGAGCCUCAGAUCUGUCAGGCCAUGUGUGCCAUCAUGAAGCUCUCCUUUGAGGAAGAGUACCGACGGGCCAUGAAUGAACUUGGGGGCCUGCAAGCAGUGGCAGAGCUACUUCAGCUGGACCAGGAGCUGUACGGCAUGCAGAACGACCCUCUCAACAUGGCCCUGAGGAGAUACGCCGGCAUGGCCCUCACAAACCUCACCUUUGGAGACGUAGUCAACAAGGCCACUCUGUGCUCAAAGAAAAGCUGUCUAAAGGCAAUCGUAGCACAGCUUGAAUCUGAUAGUGAGGAACUGCAUCAGGUAGUGUCCAGUAUUCUGAGAAAUCUGUCCUGGCGAGCAGAUAUCAACAGCAAGAAGACCCUAAGGGAAGUGGGAAGUGUGUCAGCUCUUAUCACCUGUGCACUUCAGGCCACCAAGGAGUCUACUUUGAAGAGUCUGCUGAGUGCACUGUGGAACCUGUCGGCGCACAGCACUGAGAACAAAGUGGCCAUCUGCUCUGUGGAUGGGGCACUUGGCUUUCUAGUCAGCACACUCACUUACAAGUGCCAGACCAACUCCCUGGCUAUCAUUGAGAGUGGUGGUGGCAUUCUACGCAAUGUUUCAAGCCUGGUGGCCACACGUGAAGAUUAUAGGCAAGUCCUUAGAGACCACAACUGCCUACAAACCCUGCUGCAGCACCUGCGGUCACACAGCCUGACCAUUGUGAGCAAUGCCUGCGGUACCCUCUGGAACCUGUCAGCCCGUAGCCCCAAAGAUCAAGAGCUGCUGUGGGACCUGGGAGCAGUCAGCAUGCUGCGCAACCUCAUUCACUCCAAGCACAAAAUGAUAGCAAUGGGGAGCGCUGCUGCCCUCAGGAACCUCCUCUCCAAUCGCCCCCUGAAAUACAAGGAUGCUGCUGUUAUAUCCCCUGGGUCCUGCCUGCCCUCACUAUACAUGAGGAAGCAGAAAGCCUUGGAGGCUGAGCUGGAUGCCAAGAACUUGGCAGAGACCUUCCAUUCGAUUGAAAAGCAAAGUCCCAAGCAUCCAAGCAUCAACAAGCCGCUACGGCACAUUGAGAGCCUGGCAAAGGAUUAUGCAUCAGACUCUGGCUGUUUUGAUGAUGACGAAGCCCCCAAUAUUUCCAGUAGCCUGGACACGGGAAGCAUCUCAAUGCUUUCUAUGUUUCUAAACAACUCCAACUUCCUUCAGGGCCAGCCUCGCAAGAAGGACAGUGAACCCGAGCAAGACAUGGACCCAGAGAAGGAGGAUGAUAAAAAGUCUAUACCUCCAGAAGACGAAGUUUCUGUUGCCGCGGAACAACUUGCCACAAAAAUCACCAACACAGUGGCUAAGAUUGACAAGCUGGUAGAGGACAUCACCAUGCACACUUCUUCUGAAGACAGUUUCAGCCUUAGCUCUGAAGACCAUCUUUUAGAUUGGCAGCAUGGCUUCGAUGAGCCGCAUGAAACCAGAGCGAAGUCAUGCUCUCCAUGUCGCCUUUCAGAUACCAGCAGCUUUGCACGUAGAGAGCGUCUGAGUCGAGCCCAUGCCAUUCUGCGCCUCAAAACAGCACACACAAGCUUGUCUACAGACAGCCUAAACAGCAGCAGCACAAGUGAUGGAUACUGUGGAAGUAAGGACCAGGUCCAUCCCACAGCAAGAUCAGCGAUGGUACAAAGAAGACCUAAUAAACUGGAUCUUAAGGUGUCCCAGCAAGGGUAUCUAAACAGUGAGUUUCACCCUGUCCUCAAUGAGACAAGUCAGAAAGAGUUGCCAGAGAGGGAUUCAGAGGACAGCAGAGAGGGAAUGCUAGACCCAAGUAGCACAGAUACAGAGAAGGGUCAAGAGCCACCUCCACCAACACCAGCUACUACAUCCACAAAAGUCUCAUCUGAAGAUGGAAUGCCCGCUAUUAAGCUGUCCCCUUCCUAUCAACAUGUCCCAUUAAUACAAAGCGUUGCUAAUUUUGGUGUUGCUAAGACGACCAUAAAUGUGCAGGCAGCACAAGCAAUGAGAAGGCAAGCCUGGGUCCCAACAAUUAUGACUGGUGGGAGUAUCACAAAAUUUUCUCCAAUGAGUGCUGCACGGAGCCCAAUAAUUGGACAGAUGGAGACUCUUCAAAAGUAUUCAGUGGAGAAUACACCAAUCUGCUUCUCGCGGUGCAGUUCUUUAUCCUCGCUGUCUUCUGGUGAUGGAGCUCUAGAUGGGCAGAGUCAGAGUGAAAAUGAGCUUGAGAGUGACUCAUCUCUGGAGAUUAUUGAAGUGGAGGAAUGUGACCUGUUAAGGAGAGAGGAGCAGGAUGAAACCUUGGCUGAUUUGAGUGAUAGCCAGUUGAUGAUCACAGAUUCGAAACCAUUUGGAAGCAGCAGUCCCCCAUCUGAACCCAUUGAAAUCCCUUGCUGUGCUAAACGAGAGAAGUUAUUCCUCAGAGCAAUCUCACCAGGCAGACAUGAGGAAAGGACCCUGUCAAGUUCCUCUGAGAAUUAUACCCAUGAGACUCCACUUGUCAUGAGCCGCUGUAGCUCUGUAAGCUCACUGGGAAGCUUUGAGUCACGCUCAAUAGCCAGCUCCAUACAGAGUGACCCUUGCAGCGAGAUGAUCAGUGGGACCAUCAGCCCAAGUGAUCUCCCUGACAGCCCAGGACAGACAAUGCCACCAAGCCGCAGUAAAACCCCAUGUUGUGGUGACACAAGUGGGCAGGAGACACAGUCUACAGGAGGGGGAGGACAGUGGGAAAGCAACUUCCGUAAAUUCAUGGAGAUUGCAGACUUCAAGGAGAGGUUUAAUCUGCCUCCAGAUUUGGACACAAUGAUCUACUUCACAGUAGAAAAGCCCACAGAGAACUUCUCAUGUGCCUCUAGUCUGAGUGCCCUGCCACUUCAUGAGCAUUAUAUCCAGAAAGAUGUAGAGCUCAAGCUCAGGCCCUUGCUUCACCAGAUGGACAACACCCCAGCAUUCACUGUGGCUCAUGAACAGCCAGAGGAAGUAGGAGAUGAGAAUUCUUCCAUCGUUGACCAGCAGGAGAGAUACAGUGAAGGUAACUCAGACGAUGACUUUGAAAUUCUCAAAGAGUGCAUAAAUUCAGCAAUGCCUUCAAAAUUCAGAAAGGUCAGAACGUCUCUGAUGCCUGAACUAUCCACUCAAGCUCAAAAGUCUAUACAGUUGCCAGUUUACAUGAUACUUCCUAAUUCCAAUCAGAUGUGUUCUGUGGGAAAACAUGGGAUACAGCAGGAUUUUUAUCGUGACGAUUCUUCCUUUACUGAUUCAGCUGAAGGCACCCCUGUUAACUUCUCAAGCACUACAUCCUUAAGUGAUGAAACACUUCAUUACCCAAUAAAAGAGAGGAGGUCAAAACAUUGGCGAGCUAAAAGUAUGGACAGACAGGAAGUUGUUGAUCUAGAAGAAAAGAGAAUUGAAGAGCUUCGUGCUUUCUCAAACUUUAAUAGACUUGCUAAGAUUAGACAGACCGCUACAGCAGGCAACCAAAUGAAUGGAGCCAUCAAGCAUGCCAUGGCUACACAAAGAUUACUUAGGCAAAAUAAAGAACAUACAAUAAAAACCUCUCAACAAAGGAGCAGAGACCAAUCACCAAACCAUCUAAUCAAAAAACAGGCACAGAAUCAGUUAAGGAAAUUUCCACACUUAGAACUGCCGAUCAUAGAGCAAAGCACAGAAAUGUUGCAGAAUCAGAAUGCAUUCUACAGGAAACAGGGUAACUUAGCAUUUCAGUCCAUGCGCCACCCAACACCCACUGAGGAAUCCAUAUAUUGCUUCUAUGAUGAUCAGAUGGAUAAGGAAGAGGAUGGAAUGUCAAGGACAGGUAGACAUAAGAUGAAAGAUGGCAACAAUAGUAUACUGACUCACAGAGCAAAUAACACAGACUGGGUAAUGAACUCCCAAACAAGAUACAAAGCUAUUAACAAGAUCAAGCACAAUUUGAUCAUGGAUGAAACACCUCCAUGCUACUCUCUCAGCUCAUCACUUAGCUCGUUGAGUGAUGCUGAUCUUGAAGAGCAUCAAAGUAAAAUUCAGCAAGUGUGGGUGAGAAAUCGACAUCAUGUGGCCUCCAAUCAGACUCAGAGUGCAGCAAAGCCCCUAAACAACUAUGGUCAAUAUGAUGAAAAUGGCUCAUCAAGCUCAGUCAGUCUGGACUCAGAGGAUGAUCUUUUGCAGAAAUGCAUAACAUCUGCUAUGCCGAAGCAAAGGAGGAAGCAUACAACUAGAAAACGGAAAGCAGAGAGGAAACAGAAACUGAAAAACAACACCCAGAAGGUUACAGAAGGCUGGAAUUCCGAAAAAGACCAAGAAAGUGAUGCUAUGGCAUCUGACAAAGACUCAGACCUCAAUAGUGUUGAGUGGAGAGCAAUACAAGAGGGAGCUAAUUCAAUUGUUACAAGGCUACAGGCAGCAUCCAAGUCACAAGAGCCUUCAUCUGAGUCUGAAUCUGUGCUUUCACUCAUGUCUGGCGUAUCUGCAAGUACAAACCUUUUCCAAAAACAAGAAAAUGAUGACAAAAAUAAGAUUAUCAAAGAAGAUAACAAAGGUAAUAAGGUGUUACAGGGUAGAAACUCAUCACAGUUGGAUUUUUCCCAACGUAAACCCAUUCCAAAUUUGCCUGUGGUCUUCCGAGGUAGAACAGUAAUCUACAUGCCUAAGAAAGAAACCAACAUCUCACAAAGGCCAGCUACAAAAAAAGUAUCACCCAAGACUGAAACUCCAGUGAAGAAUCCAAACCUAGCUCAGCAGAGGUCUAGAAGUUUGCACAGAUUAGGAAGACCUAAUGAUUUCUCUGAAUUUUCUUUACCUAAAAGAAGCUCAACACCACCUGCCAGGAUAUCAAAGAGCACAUCAUCAGGGUCAUCUCAAAACUCUACACCUUCAAAACAACCCCAGAAUAAACUGACAUCCCCCUCACAAACUAGCAAGACCAGUCAGAAGAAAGACACAAAACCAAAACCAGCAAUCAGCCCAUGUGAAAAAAAGGGGAAGCCUUCUGCACCGAUAAGUCAAAAGCCUGCAAAUACAAAAUCUCCUGCUCACAAAAAGACACAGAAAUCACCUGUCCGAAUACCCUUUAUGCAGACUUCAACCAGACAGUCCAUGGCUUCAAAGACUAUAUCACCUUUAGUUACUAACCCGCCUUCUGGUAUCAGCAGGCAAAACACCCUGUUGUCAGGGAAAAGAUCCAUACCUCCUAACCGUCUUGAGUUGGUUCGCAUGACCUCUACCCAUUCAAGCACUGGUGAAUCUGACCGUAAUGGUUUUCUGAGACAACUGACUUUUAUUAAGGAAUCAUCAAGCAUCUCAUCACAUGAGAUUCAUUCCUCACGCUCAGUACCUACCUCUCAGAGUGCAUCUCCCCGGCGAGCACGACCAGGUGCCCCUGCAGUCUUUCUCUGCUCACCUCGUUGCCAAGAGCUGAAAGCUGCUGCCCAAGGACAGAGACAAGUUCAGGGUCAGGGACAAAGGCAAGGGAAGGAACAAGGACUUCUUAGGCAGAGUCUUUCUAGAGCUAGCUCUAGUGACCGAGACCUCUCGGUGAGACGUCCUACCAGAAGAACCAGUUCUGAAAGCCCCUGCAGGGUACCUCAGAAGACUCAGGUCUCACAAACUUGGCAGCGGGAGAGAGAGACAUUCAAGCGACAUGCCUCAUCACCCAGCAUAAACAUUCUGAACCGAGUCACCAGCCGAUCCUCUGUCCGUUCUUCAUCUUCUGACUCAAGUGGACGAACAAAGAGCGAGGAAGACAGAAAGCAGAGGCCCCACCAGCCUGCACCACAAGUCAAUGGCAAAAUCACCUGGAGGAGAAUUCGUGAUGAGGACGUACCACAUAUACUAAAGAGCACUCUACCAUCCACUGCUUUGCCCCUGGUGCCAAAUUCUGAUGAGCAGAAACGAAUGGUUCCAACACUUCCAGGUAAACUACCAAAUAUUUCACUACCGUCUCGAAAAACUAGUGACGCUACUGUUCAAACAGAGGACUUCACUAACAAAACUAACUCAAGCACCUCCCCAACUAUCGAGACUGUGCCUGUCAUAUCUGAGGAAGCUGCUAAAGUUGCUCUCCUAAGAAAGAUAAGCAUGGCCUCUGGAAAUAAUGUACAAGAUGGAGAUUCCGAUGGAUCCUUCAAAAGUUACAGCACAGCCUCCACUUCCACCUCCCACUCAGUAGAUGGGCACACUGGGGGCAUUGGGCACUUCCGUCACAGCUCUCCCAGCAAGGCUGUCAGGGUCACUCCUUUCAACUAUAUCCCCAGUCCUAUGACCUGCUGCCUGCAAGAUGCACAGCUCAGAACGUCAACACUCAAUGAAAAGUCCAGAGAAAAACUUGAAGCAUAGCAAUCUGCUACAGAGUCCAUACAUUUUCUUGGUAUCUGAGGAUCCCAACUGUGCUCCCGAUUAUGAAACACUCAGGUGGAACUCUCAUAGAAGUAAAUUACAAUGAUCCUUUUACCUCUGGGAUUAAAACUUUCCUGUCUCAUUGCAUAAAGUAUUCCUUUGUCCUUAAGGGUGCACGCUGUAUAUAUAUAUAUAAACCAGACUUGGCUGACAAAUGACUUCUUCCUUUCAAGUUGGAUGUAUGCAUGAAACAAUUUUAAGACAACAGUAGAGGUUAACAAGGGGGAUCUUUAUGAGAUAUCACUGAAAACCUGAAGUUUUCUCAUAACAAUUGGAUGUGCAUUUUGUUACUUUUUAUAUGUGUAUAUGAAUCAUUGCCUGUUAAAAGUGUUGCUGACAGAAGGGACACAACGGACAUUGUGUCUUCAGAUUUCAGGAUACAGUUAUUCAGCCUAUCACCAUCAUUUUGGUGGUAAAAACUGCGCAAUUAAUAAUUGACUCACAAUAUGCAAAUCACUGGGUCAGAACCCAGAUAAGAGACUUGACAACAAUAUAUUCAAAAAAUACAACUGUGGUGUCUGAAGAAAGUGACAAGAUAGGACUACUGAACUAUGAAACAUUUCUAAAGCAACCAUUACUAAUCGGUCUGAGUACAGCAUUUAUGAUGUAUACCACAUUAAUGCUUUGCCUUUCACCUGACUUCAGACUGUGAAAAGUAGUAGUCAGCCUUCACUUUCACACCAGUUGCAGGAAUGACAAAAAACAGUCCACCUCAAACUAUCUGCACUGUUGGAAUAAUGUGUAACCUUUUUUUCUUUAGCAGUAUUCCCUUUCCCUGUAUCCUACAAGCUUCCCAGCGAGCAAAAAUGAUUCUCUGUGCCGCUCUUGACCGCAUGCCUCUUAACUAUCCACCACCUGUGCACACCUCUUGGACUAAGAUGUUCACGUCAGUGGCUCUCUUAAAAAAGGGUGAACAACAAAUAGCAUUUUCAACCACUGCUGCUGGGCAGAAUUAAUUACUAUUUAAUCCAACUGUAAAUAAUUGUGCUUAUUGUAUGACAUUUAACAUUAAUGCAUUUGCCUAUAGUAUUAGGUAAGCAAAGAGAAACUGAUAUUUAAGGAAAUGGCCAGUGAAGGCAGAUUGCAGAAUUUGGUAAAUAUGUUCACAUAGUUUUACUCAUAUAGUUUAAAGUAGCAUUGUCAGCUCCCUAUAAUUUCAUAUCACAUAUUUGCAUACUGUUUUAUAAUCCCACUGACUUUCUCCUGUUAAAAGCAUACUCUGGUUAAGCACACACAGUCACAACAAUCUAGAGUGUAUGCAGUUAUAAAGAACCUACAGUAUUCAAUUGCAGGACUCAGCAUGGGAGACAGAUAUGUCCUGUGUGAAUGUACAUCGGAAAUGAGCUUUCCUUAAACAUGAAUUCCCUGUAAUCAACAUCGAAAUUGUGCCCAACUGCACUUGCCUUUGCAUGCCAGGUGCAAUACUAUGGAGAUAUUUGUGUUUUGUCACUCAUCAUGGAUGAAGAGCAAAAAGAUUUCUGAAAAAGGUCUGCUUGUUCAUCGCACAUAGUGUUAGCAAUCUUAGAUCUUCUGCAGACUUCAUUUUCAGAAAUAUUAAAUUUGGCCCCAUAUUAUAGACAGAGCAUUGUCAUACACCAACAACACAUGUAACAUGAAAAUGCACAACUGGAAACAAGGGCAUAAAUAUUGGGAAACUCCACAAUUUUGGUCAAGCAACAGAUGAGUGACAGAACACAAACAUAAACAAUUGUUGGUUUGUACUCAGUAUGAAAAAGGCAGACCCUAAAACUGAGUCA